UUCUCCUCAUUUGCUUUGCGAAAGUUUCUGAUGGGUGGAGCAUCCAGUAACCCCUAUUUCCCAAGCUCUUUCAACUUCCGUUAGAAGCAAGUACUUUCCUGUCCUGAUUGUGAUUUUUAGCAGAGGUGAACUGGACCCUGUGAGCACUCUCAGCUAUUAAAUGUGCCCUUAAAAGAUUCAAAACAUGAGAUUGCCUGCAAAGAUUAUUUGGUUGAUAUUAUGGACUGUUUGUGCAGCAGAAGAUUGCCAAGGACCUCCUGCAAGAGAAGAUACAGAAAUUCUGUCUGGUUCCUGGACUGACCAGCCUUAUUCAGAGGGUACUCAGGCUUCCUACAGAUGCCGCCCUGGCUACAGAACCCUUGGCACCAUCAUAAAGGAAUGCAGAAAUGGAGAAUGGGUGGCUCUUAAUCCAGCCAGGAUAUGUCGGAAGAAGCCCUGUGGACAUCCUGGGGAUACUCCAUUUGGUUCUUUUCAUCUUGAAGGAGGAAAUGAAUUUGUAUAUGGUGCAAAAGUUGUUUAUAAAUGUGAUGAGGGGUAUAGAAUGUUAGGUGAGAAUAAUUUCCGUCAAUGUGAUGCAGAAGGAUGGACAAAUGAUAUUCCGAUAUGUGAAGUUGUUAAGUGUUUGCCAGUGACAGAACCAGAGAACGGGAGAAUUAUCAGUAGUGCGACAGAACCAGAUGAGGAAUAUUAUUUUGGACAAGCAGUGCAGUUUGAGUGUAAUUCAGGCUUCAAACUUGAAGGACAGAAAGAAAUAUAUUGUUCAGAAGAUGGUCAUUGGAGUAAUGAAAAACCAAGAUGUAUGGCAAUUUCCUGCACAUCGCCAGAAAUUAGAAAUGGAUAUUCUAUAUCUCCGAAGAAAAUUUAUAAGGAGAAUGAAAGAUUUCAAUAUAAAUGUAAUCAAGGUUUUGAAUACAGUGAAAAAGGCAGUGCUAUAUGCACUAGUUCAGGAUGGAGUCCAACUCCCUCAUGUGAAGAAGUAACAUGUAAUCCUCCUUAUAUUCCAAAUGGUGUUUACUCACCUCAAAGGAUUAAGCACAGAACUGGAGAUGAAAUCAGAUAUGAAUGUAAAAGUGGUUUUUAUCCUGCAACCAGGGGAAAUACUGCAAAAUGUACAAGUAGUGGCUGGAUACCUCCUCCAAGAUGUAGCUUGAAACCUUGUGAUUUUCCAGAGAUAAAACAUGGACGUCUAUACUAUGAAGAAAGAUAUAGACCAUACUUUCCAGUACCUAUAGGACAACGAUAUACCUAUGAAUGUGAUAACAAUUUUGUGUCUCCUUCAAAAUCAUACUGGGGUUACAUUUAUUGCACAAAAGAAGGGUGGCUGCCAGAAGUACCAUGCAUCAGACAAUGCAUUUUCAAUUAUGUGGAAUAUGGAUAUUACUCACGUGAAACAAGACAUUUACUGCAUGAGUCUGUUAAAGUUGAUUGUUAUCCUGGCUAUAGUCUUUCAAAUGGUCAAAACACAGUUACAUGUACAGAGAAUGGCUGGUCCCCUCCUCUCAAAUGCAUUCGGAUUAAAACAUGUUCAAAAAAUGAUAUAGAAAUUAAGAAUGGGUUUCUUUCUGAAUCUGACUUUAUAUAUAAUCUAAAUAAAGUAACACAAUAUAAGUGCAAACCAGGCUAUGUAACUGAAGAUGGUAACACAUCGGGAUCAAUUACCUGCCUCCAAGAUGGAUGGUCAGCUCAACCCUCCUGUGUUAAAUCUUGUGAUAUGCCAGCAUUUGAGAAUGCUAAAACCAAAAGUAACGCCACAUGGUUUAAACUCAAUGACAAGUUGGACUAUGAAUGUAAUGUUGGGUUUGAAAACAGAUUCAAGCGUGCCAAAGGAUCCAUAGUAUGUCAGGACAAUGGAUGGUCACAUAUACCCACAUGUUAUGAAAGGGAAUGCAGGAUUCCCAAAAUGGGAAAAUUCUUAAUGGCUGAUCCCAAGAAAGAUAAAUAUAAAGUUGGAGAUUUGUUGAAAUUUUCCUGCCGAUCAGGACUUACAAGAGUUGGACCAGAUUCAGUACAAUGCUACCAUUUUGGAUGGUCCCCGGAUAUCCCAAUAUGUAAAGAUCAAGUACAGUCAUGUGGUCCACCUCCUCCACUAUUCAAUGGGGAAGUUAAAGAAACAAAGAAAGAAGAAUAUAGACACAAUGUAGUAGUAGAAUAUAAUUGCAAUCCUAGAUUUUUGAUGAAGGGACCUAAUAAAAUUCAAUGUGUUGAUGGAACGUGGACAACCUUGCCAAAAUGUAUUGAGGAGGAGAGAACAUGUGGAGCUAUACCUGAACUUGACCAUGGCUUUGCCCAGCCUUCUGACCCUCCUUAUCACCAUGGGGAUUCAGUGGAGUUCAAUUGUAUAGAAACCUUUACAAUGAUUGGAGACAGAUCAAUUACAUGUAUUAGUGGAAUGUGGACCCAACUUCCUCUGUGUGUUGCAACAGAUCAACUUGAGAAGUGUCAAGCACCAAGACUAACUGCAAAUGAAGCAAAUCAAUCAGAUAAAAAUGAAUAUAAUCAUAAUUUUAACUUCAGUUACCCAUGUAGGGGAAAGUUGGAGCAGAAACAUUCAAUCUGUGUCAAUGGACGAUGGGACCCUGAACCAACCUGCACAAAAGUGGAGAUAAACUUCUGCCCACCUCCACCUCAGAUUCCCAAUGCUGAAGAUAUGAAAACCACAGUGAAAUAUCAGGAUGGAGAAAAAGUAUCUGUUCUUUGCAAAGAAAAUUAUCUGAUUAAGGAAGCAGAAGAAAUUGUGUGCAAAAAUGGAAGAUGGCAGUCAAUACCACGCUGUGUUGAAAAACUUUCAUGUUCUCAACCACCUGACAUAGACCAUGGAAGAAUUAGUCCAUCUAGAUUUUCAGAAGAAAGGAAAGAAGCAAUUGAAUCCAGACAGUAUGCACAUGGCACUAAACUGAAUUAUAGUUGUGAAGAUGGUUUCACAACCUCUGAGGAAGAUGAGAUAACAUGCUACAUGGGCAAAUGGAGUCCUCCACCUCAGUG